GCAAUAUAAGCGCUAAACGUUUAGAACAAGGAAGUGGGUUGCCGCCUUCCUAGUUCCCAUCUUGUGAUUUUAAUGGACUCCCAAACGCCACGAAACAUCACAAAUAUCUCGUGAAAUCUCAACAUUCCAUACAGAAAAAAAUAAAAAAUCCGUUAAAAAGAACCAGAUAUAUAAUAUCUAGCCAAUGAAUCUUUAAAAGAGGGGAUAAAAAACAAAUGUAGCUUAAAAAUAACUACAUGCAAACCGACGAAGGCACUGGGAGUUGGCAACACCCUGUUCACCGAAGGAUAGCACCUCGAACGUCACUCGGACCUACAAGGGUUUACAAUAGUCUUCUUCAGCAUCGAACUUCCACGCUAUGUGACAGCCCACGAUACAGUUUCGAGCUAAAGACGAGUUGCGUGGACGAGAGCCGACAAGAUGACUGCUAACCUGAACAACAACGUCUCCGGCCUGGACAUGGAGGAGCACAAUUACCUGAAGUUCUACAUCGGCGUCAUGCGCGUCGGCCACAGGGUGUGCGUGGACGUGUUCGCGUGGGGCUACCAGGGCGGUUCGGAGCCCAUUAAGGAGGCUCUCUUCAGGCUCCCAGGCUACAACAACACGAGGUUUCGCAAGGACUUCGACGCCUCUCAGCGGAGGAAGAUAGAAAAUGGCGAGCCGGUGGGAGACUUCGAUAUUACGUUGAUCUACAAGCUCAUGCAGAUGGUCUGUGGACUCAAGGAGGCGAGCGAUUCGGACUGGAUCAGGCCCGAGUCCGAGUCCUUAGAGUACUGUCUCUACGCCAUCAAGACCAAGCGAAAUGCGGUCGCCCACGAGAAGCUGAAGCUCACUCCGGAAGACACGGUGCUCAAACUGGAGGAACUGAAGAUCUUGUUCACGAAGACCUUCCAGAAGGCUGGCCAGAGGUACGGCGUGGACGAGUCUGAGGUUCUGGCCAAGACGACCGCGGUGGAGAGGGAUAUUAUCGCCAUUCGAGACUCGCCUGUACCACCGGCAACUGUGGCCGAGUACGAGAAAGAGAGGAGGGCGUUUGAGAGGGAGAGCAUCCGCAAAGAGUGUUCGGAGGAGUUUGUUCGCCUCGCCGAAUGCGUUUCCUUGGUAGACAUAGCUGGGCGGAAAGUGAAUGUUUCAAAGGUAUUCACAUACCCAAUGCUCAAGCGUGAUGAAACUCAAAUAGUACAGAGGCAGUUGACAGUUGCGGAGAGUUACGUUGAAAUUCCCGAUAUUCUUGUAGCAAGGGAUUGUGACGAAUCUAGGCCUCAGGUGGUUUUACUCUCCGCUUUGAGUGGGAUGGGAAAAUCGACCUUAUUGAAAUUCAUAAUGGACGCAAAUGUGAGUGACAAGAAAGCCAUUUGUAAUCUGGAUAGCUUUGAUGCUGUGCUUUACUUGGAGUGUUUAAAUGUGGGAUUCGGUUCGCUCAGUGAGUUGUUCUGUCUUCUGCUGCCUCGGACCUCUUCGAAGUACCAGCCUCAAGAAUUCCAACAGCACAUGUUUUCUCUCCGGAUUCUGCUGUUACUGGAUGACAUCGAGGGCCUUGACACGAGAUCCUUCGGGGUUUUGGAAGAAUUUUUCAGGCUGAUGUCACCCGAGACGCGCAUCGUAGCCACGGCCUCCAGGGAGAAAGCGAAGGAAAUCCAGAAGAGAAUUGUUACUCAGCACAAGAGGGUUUUGUUUCUCGAAGUGGAAGGAAUACCUGACGAUCAGACAGUCCAGCACGUAUGGAAGAUCAUGCAGCAUGGCAUUAGCAACGCAAGCAUUGACGAGGAAUGUGGCAAUAAGCUCUACAAUCUGAUCACAGCCAAGAGACCAUGUUUGCAGGAUCACCUUAGGUCUCCCGAAGUCCUCAAUGCCCUGGCAAUCUGUUGGGCCUUCUAUCCAGAGCGCAUCAAUAACUCUACCACUGUAACGGAAAUCUUCAUCCUCAUACAGGAACUAAUCAGUCAAAAGGUCUUGCAGAACAUAACACGUUCGCUCCUGCCUGGGAUGAUCACGAAAGCUAUCGUCAGGUCAAAGUUGAGUAAUUUUCUCGAAACCCUGAGUCGGGUCGCGGCCAAGAGUUUGGUCAAAGGGUACAACGUCAUCGAACAAAAGGACUUGUUGGCGCUGAUCAAGAAAUGCCGGAAGUUGGAGCUGGAGGAGGAGUCUCUGAUAUCCGCCUUUCUGAACUACACUCACGAGCAAGGAAGCAACAUCCUGACCUGCCCGAGGAACGUUUUCUUUGCGCAGCGCUCGACCAUGCAGUACUACGCAGCCAACUUUCUCUGUCGGCGAUGUGUUAAGCGCCAGACAGCUAUUCGUGAUCUGUUGCGUCUACAAGCCAAAGAAAUUGGCGAUGCUAUUGGGCCCAAUCUGCAAGCGAUGGUAAAGUAUUUGCUGGGUUUGUUAGCAGUGCACAUGCCGGGGAGGCUGAAGGAGAGGGCAGCUGAAAUUGUUUCUUUGCUGAAGGAUGCCGGAGUGGACAAGACGUCGCAGUGGCUUCAGUACAUCGACGAGGCCAAAGAGGAACCAACGAUAACAAGAGAGAUUUUAAAUCAGAUGGGCGACGAAUGGAAGGUCGAGGACUUCGCUAUCUCGUCAACUCUCGUUAACGUCUUGAAAAUCAAACCACCGCGUCGCCUCACCGUCACUGUAUGCGAGACUGCCACAAACUUCCCUCACUUGCGGGAAGUCCUCCAAAUAUGCUCGCAGACUCCCAACUUAACCCUCUCCCUUCAUCUGUAUCAGCACUUCUGGUCAGAAAAGUCAGAAACAUCAGACGAAUACCUGGAUAUUAUCGUCGGAAAAUCCUGUUACCUGGAGCACUUCGCAGGGCGUUUGAGUGCGGAGGCCCUGCUCCGCCUCCCCGCUUCCCUCCAACGCCUGGCGCUUCACGUGACUCCGGACAUGAUCCAGCCUCUUAACCACACCCUCGAAAGGAUGUCAGACUUGGGCUUACUUUAUUUGAACCUUGAUGCCUCCCCUGAUACACCACCCACCAAAAUCCUUCCUCUGAGGAUCCCCAGCGAGGAUACGCAACUCGUAGUGGACAUGUGGAGGGUGAAAGAGUCGAGUACCGAGUGGUCUUGUCAAGUGGCGCGCGCCCUCAGCACCACAUACAAGCGGCUGGUACUUCGAAGCAGCGAAUUGGACUUCGAAGGAUGUCAGAAAUGGUUGGAAGGUCUUCGGCAGCGGGACGUGAAGGGCUCGGAAAUCGUGGUCGGCUCAACUCAUGCCAUGGCAGACGAUGGCAUUGAACAGUUGCAACAAAUAGCGUGCGGAGUGGAAUGUUCUAAGUUCGUGUGGUUGAAAGUGUAACUGUACUUACUGUGUGUUCAUUGUAUGUUUCAUAUGUAUUCAUCGUUUAUAGAACUUUUAUCCUAUUUUAUUUCUCUAUCUAGUCUAUCAUUGCAAUUAGCAUUUUAAUGUUUUAUUUAUAUUAUGUGUAAAUAGAUAUAUGAACGAAUUUAGAUUUUAUAUAUAUAUAUUAAUGUAAAUAGAUUUUUAUAUCGAAAAUAAAUAACUGAUACAUGAAA